GUGGUUGAAUUCAAUGUGACGCAAUUACGCUUUGCGUCAUGACGUACAACACAUGACAGGAAAUGCAAACCAAAGCGGUUGAGAACCGGGCAUAGUCCUGUUAUGAACUCGGGGAUGGGCAGAGCGAGUCGGUGAUGCGCGUGAUGUAUUGAUUCUGGGCUGUGGGGUGUCGGGACAGACGAAUGGACGACUCUGACCUGGACUUCGCCGACCUCUGCUCUAAGCUCCUGAAGAGAGUGCGCAAGAAGGAGAGGGGUGAGUCGGGGGACGAGCGUGGGAUUGCGGCGAGCCAAAACCGGACACAGAAUGUAUACCCGGUGCCGACCCAAAGCAAAGACUCGACAAAGAGGAGAAAGCCAAAGCAAGAUGCGGAGUCGAGCUCUCGGAAACAGCUGGACUGCCAGUCAGUCAGCGCGUCCCAGUUUAACCGCCCGGUCCGGGAGGAGGGCACAGGUCAGCAGUGUGUCACCGUGGAACGCGCUCCUUCCGUGGCUGUUACUCAGACGCCCAGCUCUCAGGCAUCUAUUGAAAGUGCGGCAACGGUGCCGGGUUUGGUGGCGAGUCAGAAUGCGGACGUUAAUUUGAGGGUGAAGGACAAAGUGGUACUCAGAAUGCAACAGUUUAGAUGGGUCAGCCCUCAGAAAAUGACGCACAUGGACAAUGACCAGCCCAGGAGAACAGCACUGGUCGCUGAGGACACGAUACCCCGAUCGACAGUGCCACAUGCGGGAGACCCACUGCAGGGGCCCCCGGGGGACGAGGCCCUGGCCCUCCGGCUACAGGAGGAGCUUGACCGGGAGGAGCAGGGCCCGCAGGAGAUGGUGGACCUGGAGCAGGGCGGCCUUUUCUUCUGCCAAAUCUGCCAGAGGGAUCUGUCUGCCCUGAGCCCCCUGCGCCGCACCCAGCACAUCAACAGGUGUCUGGAUGAGAGCGAGGGGAGUGGCCCGGCCGCCCCCGCCCCGCCCGCCGUCCCAGAAUGCCCCAUCUGCGGGAAGAUGUUUAAGCACCAGAAGAGCCGGGCCAGCCACAUGAAGCGCUGCUCCGCAGAAAUGGGCGUGUCCUCCGCCGUCCUGCUGCAGGCCCUGCAGAGACAGGCCGCUGAGACGGCCAGCGACUCCGCAGCCAAUCAGCCCCCCCCAGCAGGCGGGUCCAAGCGGAAGGGCUCCUUGGACCCCCCCCGGCCACCCAAAAAGAGACAGAGGAAGAAGGCUGCGCCCCUGGAUGAGGACACCAUGGUGGCGCUGGCCUUGUCCCGCUCCAUGGUGGAGCAGGAGAGGGAGAGAGAGAAGGAGAAGGAGGCCAUGAUCACUGCUCCUGCUGAAGACUCUGUGAGACCAGGCUUACAGUGGAGAGCUGAUGCUGGUAAGAGGAGGGGCAAGAAGAAGGGUCAUCCCCCAGCCCCGCCCCCUAUCCUCCUGGUUCAGGACUCUGCUGAAGCCCUGAGGCGGCUGCAGGAUCGGGUCGCCAGCCUCCUGCUCCGUGCCCGCCCCCCCACCCCCCCGACCCCUCCCCGCCCAGCCAGCCGCCUCCCCGGCUGGACCGGUGCUGCCCCCCUGUGGCAGAAGAGCGCGCUGCGCGACGAGGAGCUGGGCUUGGAGGCGGAGUUCUACACCCCCGCUCUGUGCCCCCCCGUCCAGCCGUGGGCCGUGACCGAGGAGAUGCAGACGGUGGCCCCUCCUGCUCAGGCUCAGGUGUUACCCCCAGCCGGGCCCCCCCUCCCUGAACCCUCCACGCCUUGCCCUCCCUCGCCCUCCACCCCAGGUUUGGGCAGCCAGACCUUUGGUGACCUCAUGGACCUGGCAGAGGAGGGCCUGACGCUCAGCCAGUGGGGCUAUGCCCCCAAAGCUGACCACGCCCCCGACUCCGCCCCCAAACUCACCCCAGGACCCACAGAGGACAGAGACGUCGGCGCGGGCGACCUGCGGCUCAGCGGCUUCCUCCCGGAGAGACGGCGCUCUGCAGCGGCCGCAGAGAACACCGGGGCGCUGUUCAGGCUGACCGCAGAUCUGAGCAGCAUGGUCAACAACCCACAGCUGAGUGACGUGCAGCUGCAGGUGGACAGCGGGGAGGUGUUCUUCGCCCACUCAUUCAUGCUGUAUGCACGCUGCCCCCUGCUGGUGCAGAUGGUCCAUGACUCAGGUUUUGGCGUGGAGGAGGAGGGCAUGCCCAGCGCCCGAAGGGUGUUGCUAGGAGACCUGCCCCCAGAGGCCGUCCACGUCCUGUUGCAGUACCUUUACUGUGCCCGCUGCCCCCUCACACCCGUCCUGGUGCCACACCUGAUGGAGCUGGCGCUCAGGUUGGACCUCAGGGAGCUGGAGCAGGUGUGUCAGGGCUUCACAGGUGGAGCAGCAGUGGAGCCAUGGGUGGAGUCGCGGGAGCAGGAGCAGAGAGAUGAAGAGGAGGAGGAAGAGGAGUGUGUGGAACAGAAAUUCCUGGAACUGCUGCGUUCAAUGUGGGAGGAAGAGGAGGAAGCAGAGGACAGUGGUGGAGGAGGAGAUGGAGAAGGGGAGGAGGUGGAGGGAGGUGGAGAGGGGAGGGUGGAUGAGGAGGAGCUGCUGGAGAUUUACCAGUUUGCCGCCACACAGAGGAGGUGCAGAGAGGAAGAGGAGGAGGAAAAGGGGAACGUUGGCACAGAAACGGAGGAAGAGGUGGAGCACAGAGAGAAGACAGAAGAUGGCUUUUCUCCUGUUCAGACUGCUUCCCAUCACCAUAGCAACUGCCUGGCAAUUAUUCCCUCAGAGCCCGGACCCCUUGAUUGGCUCAGCACCGAUCACAUGAGCCAGGAGGGGUCAGAGGCGAAACAGGCUGCACCAAUCGCAGACCAUCACAGUGGGACAGAGGGGGCAGGACUGGACAGGACGUCCCAGCCCAGCCCUGGUCGAGGGUCCAACACCAGCCUGGAGAGGAGUUACGACCGGCUCUUCUCCGAAACCUGGGGGGACUACGCAGGGCCGUCCCAGCAGAACGUCCAGUCCUCCCGCAGCCAGGGGGCGCUCAUAGACCUGUCCACCAGCCCUCUCCCUGACCUUAGCGGCUCCUCCCUCCCCAUCGCAGGCGUGUCCCCAGAACCAGCGACGGGCCAGAGCUGCAGCCCCCACACGCCCACAGGGCAGGCCCUAAAGCAGAAGAGCUUGGGCUGUUCCCAGAUCAGCCGACCGCAGCAGGAGGGCCCGGGCUGUUCCCAGAUCAGCCCAACGCAGCGGGAGCCCGAACUCAUCGUGCUGUCCGAUUCGGGAGAGGAGUGCUACACCCCGGGGCCCCCCUCACCCCCUCCCAGGCCCCUGUCGCCCUCUCCCCGCCCCCCCCAGGCCCCGGCGGGAGACUUUGGGCGGGGCGGAGGCAGCCCUGAGGACAGCUGUGCGGAGAUGUCCUGGCUGGUGCCGGGGACCCCGGACCCCCCCGCCAGAACCACGCGCGUCAGCUCCACUCAGACACACUGCAGCCUGCGCCGCACACGCCUGUUUGCCACGCUCACGCAUUCCUCCUCCUCCUCCUCCUCCUCCUCUGCCUCCCUCCGCACAGGAGCCGCCCCCGUCUCGGUCCGGCUCGCAGAGUCCAGAGAGAGCGCUGUGCCUCGGCCCGCCCCCCACUCCCAGCACUGCACCAAGUCUGACCCCGCCCAUGACCUCAGCAGCCCCGCCCACACGUCCGCAGCCCCGCCUACCUCGUCCAGGCAGUCCAGACCCCCCUCCUUCGCGCUGGCCCACCCCAAACGCCCCAUUCUGGACGGAAUGCCUUCCCGCGCCUUUCCCUAUCUCGCCAGCAGCACCCCUCUGCCCCCCCAGACCCCCUCGAGCGUCACGCUCCCGCCACAUGAAGAGCGCCACCUGGAGUCCAUCGGCAUCAGCGCGAGGUCCAGCACCGGGGGCAGCCCGCCUCUGUGUCUCUGCCUCUCAGACUCCUCCCCCUCGUCUCCACGGAAACGCGCAAGUCCUGAGGGCGGACGUUUUUCAGCACGUGAGGAUGAACGCGGGGAAGAGGGGAUGGAGGGAGGAGCAGAAGAGGAGGAGGCUUUUCCCGCUCACAUGGAGGACCCGCCCAUGGCAUUCGACGAGUCGUGGGGCCUGGACGGGGGAGGGGGGCGGGACCUGCGCUUCAGCCUGAGGUUAGACUCCAGCACAGGGGCCAGCCAAUCACGGCAGGGCUCAGGAGAGACCACGCCCCCUGCUCCUCCUCCUCCUUCACCUGGUAACCACGCCCAGCCCUACACCAGCCUGCUGGACUCGAAGAUCUGGGAUGACUGGGAGGCACAAGGGGAGGAUGAGGAUGAGGAAGGGGAUCGAGCCAGCCUUCCUCUCUCCCAGAGGGUGCAGCCCAUGGCCGUCGGACAGAGAGUCAGACAGCUGAAAACUCCAGUGGCAUCGCGCAGGAACGCUCGUGCCCCCCUGGUGCCCAUCACCCCCAUGCCAGGCUACUCUGACAUGGACACGCCAGAGCUGAAGAACAAGCUCAACAGGUUUGGGGUGCGGCCGCUGCCCAAGCGCCAGAUGGUUCUGAAGCUGAAGGAGAUCCACCAGUACACCCACCAGCUGCUGAGCUCGGGUUCUGAGGAGGAUGGCCCCGCCCCUGACCCCAUCCCCAAGCCCCACCCCAGCUCGGUUUCCAUGGCGUUCAAACAGCCAGAGAGACCUGCUCCUGUGGGGGCGUGGUCUAAAGACUCCACCCACAAACAGGUGGGGCCAGAGCAGGAGGGCGAGGGACUGUCUGCCUCUCAGGGGUCCACAGCCUCCUCUACUGCUGCCAGCGAGGACUCCGAGAGGUCGAACCCGGAGCUGUGUUCCCUGUCGGACUCGGACGGCUCGGAGAGCGAGGGGGUGACGGCGUCGCAGGCGGGGGCGCGGGGGGCGGAGCGGCUGCAGGCGGUGCGCAGCUUCAUCCUGUCCGACCCGGAGCUGUACGGGCAGGUGUUGCGCUACGAGCCGCUGGUCCUGUCCCAGCUGCAGGCCCGGCUCAAAGCCCGAGGCAUCCGCCUGGCCGCCGCCAAGCUGCUCGACUUCCUGGACUCCCAGUGCAUCACCUUCACCACCGCCAAGCCUGCCAAGCCCGGCCCGCCCAGGGGGAGGGGCCGGGGGAGGGGCCGCAGGAGGGGACGGCCGGCCAAGGCCUCUGACUGACUUAAUCAGGGCAGAGAUAAACAGAAUGCUUUUUUUAACUGAGAGACAGGAUCACAAAGCUGAAGAGGAGGGCAAAGACGGAAGGAGAUGAGGCACAAGCACUGGAAACAACAUUCAUCCAAUCAGGACAUGAAGCCAUGACAAUGGAGUGUCUGCGUCCAAUCAGAUGGCCCUCUCUAUCACACUGCUGGUAACUGGUUGGUCUGUCAAUCAGGCAGCAGGGUGACAAUUCAGGAACUUCAUAGAAAAUGUGUGCGCUUUAAUGUAAAAUAACGUACAUUUCACUGUUUAUAUGUGAAACCUGUUGUGAAAAAUUCCCUGUCUUCGCAAGUACGUCUUGCAAAGAGUGACAAUUUCACAAAUUUCUCUCGCUGGCUGUGGGUUUAAUAAUUUCCCCUAAUUCCAUAGCAUUUUCUCAUUUCAUGGUGAUCAGUUAUUGUGUGUCAGUUUGUGUUUUGAUGCAAUGUCUAAUUUAAUAAUGAGACAUUUCAGAAUUAUGAACUUCAAAAGAGCUCACAUUCUGACAUUGAGGAUGCUAACAUUUUUACUUGAGAACAGAGCUGUCCUUAAGUUUGUAGCAUGAAUUUCACCACACCGCAAGAAAAGGUUCUGAAAAAAGAUAUGAGCUGCAGUUUGUAUGUUGGAAGGUUUGCAGCUCCUGUAUUCACAUUUUAACCCUCUAAUGAGUAUGUUUUUUUGGUAAUGUUUUUUCAAAAUUCAAAGUCAGUGUUCUAGAACAUUACUCUCAGUUACCAGUAGUGAUUGUGGCAUGAACAUUAGAAUGUUAUUUAAGAACAUUCUAAUCACCCAUCUGUGAUCUUACACCUUGAAGGGUUAAAGACUAUGUUUUGGGGCCCUAUGGGUGUGCCCCGCCCAGUCUGAGUUGGUGCAGUGAUGCCCUGAUCCAGGACACACCGGUGCGGACUGCCCGCUCUCCUUCAGGCACCCAUGCCAGUCACUGCUCAGCUGACAGACGCUGUGAGUCAGGAGAAAAGUCAGAUGGCAUUAAAAAGGUAAAGAAAAA